AUGGCUGUGACAUCUACAGAUGCAAAAGAACAGAGCAGUCUAGCAAAGACGGUUCGAGAGGUUGCCGCUCGUGAGGUAAUCGUAGAAGGCAAAUGUACGAUGGAUCUGUUGCACGGUCUCCUGUGUUUCAUCGGCUGGGGACACUUUCGCUUCUCUAUGGGAUCCCUUCUUACUAUUUUGUCUCAGCUGUGCACUGCUCUGACGGUCGACCUGCAACUUCGAAGCCGGCAUUGCGGAGAGGGUAAUCUGAUUCAUAUGUUUCCUCGACCGAUUGCAUCUCAGAUUCAGGGAGCUACAGGCAGAUUCCAGCCGAGGAGCAUCGUAAUUGCACGGACGGCAUUGGCUUGCUACUUUCUCACAUCAUGCGUUGCAACGUUUCAAACAGUUGGGGAUAGUUUGGCCUGGUCACCAUACCUUGAAGAGUGUCUGAAAAUGAUUCAAUGCUCUAGAGGUGUACGAGGAGAUGAACUGCUGGUGCAAAUGAUCAAGCUUCAACGCAUAACGAGCAAGGUGACUGAUGUUCGUAUACAACUAAGAGAUACCGACAGCGAACAAAGUACGCGUCUUAUCCAUCCAUACAUAUUUUCUCUCAACACUCAAUUAUCCGAGACGAGAAAGCAAUUACCCCCGCAAUUGACCACGAAUAAGAUGCUGGAAGCGAUGUCCCUGCACACAGAAAUCUGCAUCAAUGACCUUAUCUUUACGCGCCUUGGGCAUUGCCCUCUUCUAGAUGAUAUCAACAGCAUGGAGGUUCUUCUUAAUUGCCUCAAUGCAGCGAAACGCGCCGUGGACAUCAUGUUCAACUUCAAACCAACCGAGUAUACAUACUUCCCCUUCUUUCUGUGGAGGCAAUUCCGAACCGUAAUUUUAACCCUCAUUCGACUCGCAUCCUUCGAAGAUCCGGCGUGGGACGUGAACAUGGUUCGACGAACUGUAGACAUUACGUCUAUUCUUGACAAGACUGCCGAGAACCUGAGCAAUGUACAAACCAACGUUGAUGAUGAUAUUACUGACCACGAAAACGUGGUUUCGAAAUCAUUAGCCUGGGUGAACAAGAUGAGGUCUUGCUUACUCGCAGUUUAUGGCCAGUCAACAGAUGCCCAGGCCCCAACCUCUGAAAUACAGAGCUCAAUGGGCAUACCAGGUGUGGAAACGUUGCUACCCAGGCAGCCAUCCCAGGAAGAAGCUUCAACCAUAGACAUAUUCUCAUCACUCGAUAAUGAACUCUUUGGAGACGAUGUCUUUGAGUGGUGGCCACCCUUAUAUUCGGGGAAUGGGCUAUAA